AUGGCUUCAAGAAACACUGCCUUAUUCCUCGUCGGGCUGCUCCUCUCGUGCGUCGCCAUGAGCAGCGGGGCAAGAAUCCUGGAGGAGACGGCUCCUUCCAAAGGCGAGGAGCACCUGCCGGAGCUGCCAGCGCUGCCCAAAGUCGAGCUGCCGCCAUUCCCGGAGGUGCAUCUGCCACCUAAGCGUGAGCUGUCCAAGGUAGAGUUGCCGUCGUUCCCUGAGGUUGAACUGCCACCGAAGCCUGAGAUGCCCACCAUCCCGGAGUUCCACUUCCCGAAGCCGGAGGCUAAGCCAUGAAAACUGUCUUCACUUAUCUUCUCUUUGCUUGUGCUCCUACAUGCACCCGUUGCUCGUGUUGUGUC